AUGGAUGUAUGUCAUUUAAGAUUUACGAUGAAAAGCCACUGGUUGGGGGGUUGGGGCAUAAGUGUCGAACCCAAAUUGAUCAGAAUUUCACUGUAAUCAGACUUAAGAUAAUUUUUAGGGAGUUUUGCUAAAAAAAUGACAACUUAUUUUAGAUAUUAAUAUAUUAUCCCCUUAAAAUAAAAUCAACUUUAGGCACUUUAGACAAUGACUAUCCUUACAUUUUGUAAAAAUUCAUAUCAAUUUAAUGAGAAGUCAAAAAAGUAAAGAAAGAUAAAAAAAAUAUAAUCGUAAUAUACAUGUGCAUUUAGGAAAAAUAUAUUUGUUAUUAAAUUAUUGUGUAAAGAGCCAUUUCAAAAAUUGUCCAAAGGUUGUAGAAGAUAUGAUAUUCCAGAUACGAUAAAUUAGAAAGAACGAUUUGCAGAAAACACAUUAAUCUACUGGAACUAGAAAAACGUAAUAUGAUGCAUAUUUUUCCAUCUACUUUCGUAGAAUAUUCAAUCUAUUAUUUGUACUAUGUUCUAAAAGAUGGCAGAUCUGAUCGUCUACACUUUAGCUCAUGUCUACUACUGAUAAUACCUACAUUCUACUAUUUUAUCUUUCAACUGCUAUCAGCAGAAUAUAACAUCUACGGCAAUGGCAGAUUCAGAAAUAUUUUUUACCAAUGUCAUAAAUUAAUUUAAUAAUUUAAAAUUAAAUAUUAUUAAAAAUAUUUAUUAUAUUUAAUAUAAAUUUUAAUUUAUUUUAUUUUGUGAACUGUAGCAAAAUUGGCUAAAAUUGAUACUACAGUGGAGGUUUGUCUUCAAGUUGCAUGCGUCUCAUCUCCUUUGCUGAUGUAUUUGCCUGCUCUUCGUUUCGAUCUUUCAUCCGGUUGUUUCUCAAUCUGAUGUUUGAAUGGUUUGUGGCGAUUUGCUCCCUGUCUACGACUGAGAGGUCUGAUCGAGUUCCAGUCUCUCACUUGCUUCAUCAAAGGCAUCUCCUUGUCACUCCUUUAUCGAAUCCGACUCCGUCGUUUCCUGGUAAUUUUGGAAAUGUAUUAAUUAAAGAGGAAAAGAAAAAAAAAUCUUAAAAAGCAGGUUAAUUAAUAACUUCAGUGGCAUACCAUUGUAAAUAAGUUAAAAACUAUGGGAUCUUUUAAUAAUAUAGAUAGUUUAAUAUGAUAUGUAAAUUUAUAUUAGCUAGGUGUUUGGCCCGCUGAUGCGAACAUAAAUAUUUUAUAGGUACUGAUUAAUACAUUCAUUACUAAAUAAAAACUAUAAUAUAUAUUAUAAUUAAUAUUUUCAUCUAAAAAUUCUUAUGUCUUAUAAUUGUUUGUAAUUUUCUUUGUAUAUUACAGUAUAUAUAGGAAAUAUCUUCUUUUUUUUAAACACAUCAUCUUUUCAAUUAUAUAAAAUUAAGAAUUUACUUGAUGAAUAUUUAAUUAUGCGCUUUUUUAUUUUAAUUUUUAACUUUUUAAAAAAAAAAAUUUCAGAUAACAACACUAUAUGAUUGAGAUGUAUUUAUGUUUCAUUAAUUAUAACUAAUUAUCCAAUAAUAUGAUUAAGAUAAACUAUAAAUCUACUAUUCCAUCUGUUUCAUAAAAAUUGUCACUUAGACAUAUCUCAUACAUAUUAAGAAUAAUGAUUGAGAUGUAUUUGUGUUUUCAUUAAUUAUAACUAAUUAACCAAUAAUAUUUGAGAUAAACAAAUUUAUUUAUAAAAUCAAUGCAUUUUGCAAUUAAUAUUUAGCUAAAAGUGAUUAUAAAUUACAUUGAAGUUAUACUUCCCCACUUUCACUAUUCAGCAUAUUCCAAGGGCACAAAACACAAUGACGGAUAAGCUAGCACGAGGUGCUAGGACUCAGCCUUCUGCUAUGGUAUAUGUUGACUCCGUUCCUCCGAGAUGGUUAUCGGCUCAGAAAUCUACUUAGUUUGCUUCUUUGUUGAAAAAAAAAAAAUUACAUUGAAGUUAUAGAAUGCUAAAUGGACAUUUAUUCAGAAAUAGAGGAAGUAUAAACUUGUGUCCUGAACUAGUUUCUCAAUAAGGAUAUAGAACCAAAUUAAUUCUAGACCAUGGUCAUAAUCUAGUUUCUCUUUAAAUUUAGGAUAAACAUGAACAGUUGGACGAUCGAUCAACCUUGUUGAAAAACUAAAAGUACAGAACAGAUGGAGAUUUGAAAAUAACUAGAUAAGAUUAGUUGAAUAUUAUAUUUUACUAAUUGAGAAACAACUAGAAAUUAGAAAACUGGUGAUUACUUUCUAUCUUAUCAGAUUAUCUUUCUAAAUUUGCUCUAAAAGAUUCACUUUCCUUCUCCAAAUACGCGCUUUCUUCCUAUAUAAAUACCGACUUAGUUAAUCGUCUUGUAAUAUAAUUACAUUUAAGAUCAAAAGAAAAAUUAAGAAUGAGAGGUAAAUAUCUUUCUUUACUAGUGGUGCUGAUUGUCUUGGCCUGUAACGAAUCCAUUGCCAAGAACAGCUCUUCAACACCUAAACUGAAACGAAGUGAUUUCCCAAAAGAUUUUAUUUUUGGAUCUGCAACGUCUGCUUACCAGGUAGAAGGAGCAGCUCAUGAAGAUGGUAGAGGACCAAGUAUCUGGGAUACCUUCUCUGAAAAGUACCCAGAGAAGGUAAAAGAUGGUAGCAAUGGAUCUGUUGCAGACGACUCUUACCAUCUUUACAAGGAAGACGUGGCUUUAUUGCAUCAAAUUGGUUUCAAUGCAUACAGAUUCUCAAUCUCGUGGUCUCGAAUCCUGCCACGUGGGAAUCUAAAAGGAGGAAUCAAUCAGGCUGGUAUUGACUAUUACAACAACCUAAUCAAUGAGCUUUUGUCCAGAGGAAUCAAGCCUUUUGCCACAAUUUUCCAUUGGGACACGCCGCAAGCCCUUGAAGAUGCUUAUGGUGGAUUCCGUGGCGCAGAGAUUGUGAAUGACUUCCGCGAUUAUGCGGAUAUUUGCUUUAAACAUUAUGGAGAUAGGGUGAAGCAUUGGAUGACACUGAACGAACCAUUGACAGUAGUGCAACAAGGGUAUGUUGCGGGUGUAAUGGCCCCAGGAAGAUGCUCCAAAUUUACUAACCCUAAUUGUACAGCCGGAGAUGGAUCCACCGAGCCUUAUAUCGUAGGUCACAACCUUAUCCUUGCUCACGGAGCAGCCGUCAGGGUCUACAGGAAAAAAUACAAGGCGUUACAAAAAGGUCAAGUCGGUAUUGCUUUGAACGCUGGUUGGAACUUGCCCUAUACAGAAUCAGCCAAGGAUAAGUUAGCCGCGGCACGCGCCAUGGCCUUCACAUUCGACUACUUCAUGGAGCCACUUGUGACCGGUAAAUACCCGGUCGACAUGGUCAACAAUGUGAAAGGCGGUCGCUUGCCUACAUUCACGGCAAAGCAAUCUAAGAUGCUUAAGGGCUCUUAUGAUUUCAUUGGCAUAAAUUAUUACUCUUCAUCAUACGCAAAGGAUGUCCCUUGCUCCACUGAAAACGUUACAAUGUUCUCUGAUCCUUGUGCAAGCGUCACAGGCGAAAGAAACGGAGUUCCCAUCGGUCCAAAGGCUGCCUCGGAUUGGCUUUUGAUAUAUCCGAAAGGAAUUCGUGAUCUUGUCCUCUAUGCAAAAUACAAGUUCAAGGAUCCUGUCAUGUACAUAACCGAAAACGGUAGAGAUGAAGCUAGUACCGGCAAAGUUUUCCUUAAAGACGGUGAUAGGAUUGAUUACUACGCUCGACAUCUCGAGAUGGUUAAAGAUGCUAUCUCUGUUGGAGCAAAUGUAAAGGGAUUUUUUGCUUGGUCGUUGCUAGACAAUUUCGAAUGGGCAAUGGGAUACACGGUUCGGUUCGGGCUGGUUUAUGUGGAUUUCAAGGAUGGAUGUAAGAGAUACCCAAAGAAAUCAGCUCAAUGGUUCAGAAAGUUGUUGAAUGGGAAGAAAAGCAUGUGAUGAGAUUAUGCAUUCCAUUUUAUCAACAUCUCUGUUAUUCUGAGAGAUUUACUAUUAUGUUUUUCUACUUUGCAAAUAAUAAGCAGUGGUUAUUUUAUACAACUAA